CUUUGUUGCUCCUUUCUUUGAUCUCAACUUUUGUCCCACGACUGACACGUCACAAUACUGGUUAAAAACAAGAAAACAAACUCUACACCUAAAGAUCUUGAUGCAGGUGCGACGUAGCCAAUCACAAAGCGAGAGACCGUCAGUCGUUGUAAUCUUUGCAAAGCUCCUUCACUCUCCUCCACACUUGCCCUAGCAAGCAGAUCCAAAUUAAAACAAAGAAAAGAGAAAAUUUUCAUUUUAUAUUCAAAUUUUUUAAUAAGAAGGGUUUAAUUGAGUUAACUCGUGGAGGAUAAAUAAUCGGCGACUGAGUCAAAGAGGCCACGGCAGGAAUGAGUGAUUCAGAUUCGAUCAGGGUUCCAUACAGGAACUUAAAGAGGGAAUUCGAGGUUGAAAUGAUCGACGAUCCUCAUCGUCGGGUCGAUCUGAAUUUGUCUCCUAACUCUCCUUCAACUUCUUCCUCGAAUCCUUCGUCGAGGAUUCCCAAUGGAAACUCUAACUUGUCGUCGCCGAUCCAUGUCAGAUCUAAGGAUUGUAGCUUGAUGACUCUGGUUCCUAGUUGUACGGUCGCCGCCGGGGUUCAGUUUGGCUGGGCUUUGCAACUAUCGCUCUUGACUCCUUACAUUCAGGUUCAACCUUGUGUUGGUAUUUGGAGUGAUAAAUGCACUUCAAAAUUUGGAAGGAGACGGCCUUUUAUCCUUGUUGGAUCGCUCAUGAUCUCUGUUGCUGUGAUAAUAAUUGGGUUUUCUGCUGACGUGGGAUACAUAUUAGGCGAUACAAAUGAGCACUGCAGUACAUUUAAAGGUACACGAACUAGGGCAGCUUUUGUCUUUGUUAUUGGGUUCUGGAUGUUGGAUCUUGCUAACAAUACAGUGCAGGGACCAGCUCGUGCCCUUUUGGCUGAUCUAUCAGGUCCUGACCAACACAAUUCUGCAAAUGCUAUAUUUUGCUUUUGGAUGGCUGUUGGAAACAUCUUGGGAUUUUCAGCUGGUGCUAGUGGGAGUUGGCACAGAUGGUUUCCUUUCUUGAAAAGUAGAGCUUGCUGUGAAGCCUGUGCCAAUCUUAAAGCAACAUUUCUUGUUGCUGUGGUCUUUCUCUUAUUUUGUACUGUUGUGACUAUAUGUUUUGCUAAGGAGGUUCCACUUCCAUUGCCAGCAAAUCAGCCAACUCACCUAUCGGAUUCUGCUCCUUUGUUGGAUGAUUCCACACAAAAUGGCUGUCAACACUCAAAAUCAAAAGCUGAUGUGUCCAUUAUUGCCAAUGCAAAUAGGAAUGAUGCUGAAAAUGGAUAUGAACGAGUGUCAAACUCCAAGCAUGCUGACUCAAAAGAUACAAAUGUUCAAAAUGAAGUUUUCAGUGAUGGGCCUGGAGCAGUACUGGUCAACUUAUUGACCAGUGUAAGGCAUUUACCGUCUGCAAUGCACUCAGUGCUUAUUGUUAUGGCUCUCAGUUGGCUUUCCUGGUUUCCAUUCUUUUUAUUUGAUACGGAUUGGAUGGGAAGAGAAGUAUAUCAUGGAGAUCCAAAAGGGAAUGCUUCUGAAAUAAAAUUGUACGAUCAAGGUGUCAGAGAAGGUGCAUUUGGUUUGCUAUUAAAUUCUGUUGUUCUGGGCAUUAGUUCUUUCUUUAUUGAACCGAUGUGUCAACGGAUGGGGUCAAGACUUGUUUGGGCAAUGAGCAACUAUACUGUGUUUGCCUGUAUGGCUGUCACAGCUAUCAUUAGUUUGGUAUCUGUCAGAGAAUAUUUUCAAGGGGUCGAACAUGUAAUUGGAGGGAGUGCAGCAAUCAGGAUUGUUGCCUUGGUUAUAUUUGCUCUUCUUGGCUUUCCUCUAGCUAUUACCUAUAGUGUUCCAUUUUCUGUUACAGCAGAGUUGACCGCUGGUUCUGGUGGUGGCCAAGGAUUGGCAAUUGGUGUUUUGAACCUUGCAAUUGUUAUUCCACAGAUGAUUAUAUCUCUUGGUGCGGGUCCAUGGGAUGCCCUAUUUGGUGGAGGAAAUAUACCAGCCUUUAUUUUGGCUUCUUUCUCUGCACUGGCUGCGGGGGUUAUUGCAACUCUCAGGUUGCCUGAUUUUUCAAGUUCCUACAAGUCAUCUGGUUUUCAUUUUGGUUAAGGACCAAAAUGGCCUUAAUAAGGUGAAAACCACUCUAUAUUUGAUGCUUGGCAACCAUUGAAAUGCUGUCAUUUGCUUUCAGAGGAAGGCUCUACCAUGAUUCAUAGGUUGUGGCCUCACAUGUACAAAAAGGAAAAAAGCAUACAGCAGCUAUUUUGGGCUUGGCAUUUCUGGAUGGCAUGUGAUGAUAUGCAGACUGAAAUUGGAACUCUGGCUUGAUUAUGUAAAGGUUGAAUGUCUCCUUCCUGACUGCCACUUAACUCUGACACGGCUUCUAAACGCGAGGCAUGUGAUGAUAUGCAGACUGAAAUUGGAACUCUGGCUUGAUUAUGUAAAGGUUGAAUGUCUCCUUCCUGACUGCCACUUAACUCUGACACGGCUUCUAAACGCGAGCUUAGACAUUGUUUGGUGCACUUCUCAACUGAUCCCCUUUAAAUUUCUUUUCUUUAUUGUCUCAUUGGCCUUAACACCUUUGGUUCUGAGGAUACACUCAUAUAUAUAUAUAUAUA